AUGGCCAUCCUUCCUUCUAUGCUUGUUCUUGCCAAUAUGCUUCUAUCAAUCUCUGUAUUGGUCUCUGCAACUGACAUCAUUACACGUUCUCAGCCACUUCCUGAUGAUGGAACAACCACUUUGACGUCUAAAGACGGAAUCUUUGAAUUGGGUUUCUUCAGUCCAGGUAGUUCCACAAACCGUUAUGUUGGAAUUUGGUUCAAAAGAAUCCGUCGUAGAACUAUUGUUUGGGUAGCCAAUCGAGAAAAACCAAUCAGAGACAAUUCAGGAAUGUUGAGCUUAAACACACAGGGAAACCUUGUGCUUCUUAGCCAAAAUGAAAAUAUUAUUUGGUUGGCAAAUUCAACAAGAAAGGCCUUGAGUCCAAUUGUACAGCUUUUAGACUCAGGAAACUUAGUAAUAAGAAAUGAGAAAGACCAGAGUGCCCAAAACUACUUGUGGCAAAGCUUUGACUAUCCUUCUGAUACUCUUUUACCAGGAAUGAAGUUAGGUUGGGAUGUGAAAACUGGUCUUAAUCGACGUUUCACUGCAUGGAAGAGUUGGGAUGACCCCUCACUUGGAGAUUUCACAGCAGAGCUUGUAGUUCACAAUUAUCCUGAAAUAGUUUAUUGGUGGGGUCAAAAAGAGUAUUUUAGAAUUGGCCCUUGGAAUGGUCUUGGAUUUAGUGGUGCCCCUAGAACGAAGAAAAAUUGGAUUGAUGAUUUGAAGUUUGUCUCUAACAAGGAUGAGGUGUAUUUCACAUAUGCUCCUAGAAAUGAUUCACUGAUUUUAAGGCGGGUCUUGAACCAGACGACAUAUUCAGUUGAGACCUAUAUAUGGAUUGAAAAUGAAAAAAGUUGGAGCACUUUCGUUUAUCUGCCAAUGGAUAGCUGUGAUAGAUAUAAUCGUUGUGGUCCAUACGGAAAUUGCAUCAUUGAUGAGACGCCAGUCUGUCAGUGCUUGAAAGGGUUCAAGCCAAAAUCACCAAGAAAUUGGGAAGUAAUGGAUUGGACCCAAGGAUGUAUUCGUAGUGAAUCAUGGAGUUGUAAGGUUAAAAAAAGAGACAAUUUUCUCAAAUUUAGUGGGUUGAAAUUGCCAGACACAACACAUUCUUGGGUUAACGCAAGUAUGACACUUGAAGAGUGCAAAGCCAAAUUGGAAAAUUGUUCUUGUACAGCUUAUGCUAAUUCCGAUAUCAGCGGAGGAGGUAGUGGGUGUGCCAUCUGGUUUGGAGAUCUAAUUGACAUGAAACGUAUUUCGGAUCCUGAUCAAGUUAUUUAUAUUCGCCUUGCUGCUCCAGAAACAGCUGAACAGGAAGAUGUAGACAGAAACAAGAUCAUGGUGAUUGUUAUGACAAGUACUAUUUUAAUGGCUGUGGUGUUUUCUUUUGCUUCCUUCUAUAUUUACAACAGCAGAACCAAGUUUAAAGGAAAUCAUGUUGAUGGCCCUGAAGGAGACAUAGAGCUUCCUUUCUUUGACUUUGCUGUAAUAGUUAGUGUUACUAAUAACUUCUCCAUUGACAACAAGCUUGGCCAAGGUGGUUUUGGACCUGUGUACAAGGGUAUCUUGCCUAAUGGGCAAGAGAUUGCUGUCAAGCGACUUUCACAGAGUUCUAAUCAAGGAAUUAAAGAAUUUCAGAAUGAAGUAUUGUGUGCCAAACUUCAACACCGAAAUCUCGUUAAGGUUCUUGGUUGCAUCCAAGGAGGAGAGAAAAUGCUCAUAUAUGAAUACAUGCCCAAUAAGAGCUUAGAUUCAUUAAUUUUUGGUUCUAUUACUCAAAGUAAACUAUUAGAUUGGUCCAAGCGCUUUCAUAUUAUAUGUGGAAUUGCUCGUGGGCCUAUGUAUCUUCAUCAAGAUUCCAGAUUGAAGAUUAUUCAUUGGGAUAUUAAAGCUAGUAAUAUAUUAUUAGACAAUGAAUUGAAUCCAAAAAUAUCGGAUUUUGGCUUAGCAAGAAUCUUUGGAGGAGAUCAAGUUGAAGAGAAUACAAAUAGAGUGAUUGGAACAUAUGGUUAUAUGGCACCCGAAUAUGCUAUUGAUGGUUUAUUCUCUACCAAAUCUGACGUAUUUAGUUUUGGAAUAUUACUAUUGGAAAUAGUGAGUGGAAUGAAAAAUAGAGGGCUCUCCCACCCAAACCAGAGUCUUAAUCUCAUUGGACAUGCAUGGUGGUUGUGGAAAGAUGGCAUCCCACUAAAGUUGAUUGAUGCAAAUUUGAGGGAAUUUUGUAUUGCAUCAGAAGUAUUGCGAUGCAUCCAUAUUGGCCUUCUUUGUGUACAACAUCAUCCUGGAGAUAGGCCAGAUAUGGCUUCUGUGGUUGUGAUGUUGAGUAGUGAAGUCACCUUGCCUCAACCUAAAGAACCUGAAUUCCUUUUAAACAAGACUUCAAUUAUGGGAGAAAGUUCAACUAUUUUACAAGUUCGCUGCCUGACAUGUCUAAACUAUGAUUUUUCAAGGAUCAAACGUGCGACCAAGUCACCAAUCAUCGUGCUUCUUCUUCCGACUUUGCUUGAUCAUGCGUGCAGCUCCAACAUAAUAUUAUUUCUAAUAAUGGCAAUCCUUCAUUAUUGUUUGCUACUUCUAUUUUUCAGUAAGCUUUUAUUCUUCUCGCCAUCAUUAUUGGCCACGGCAACCACCGAUACUAUUACGCAGUCUCAGCCUCUGGUUGAUGAUGGAAAAUCCACCUUGGUAUCUAAAGAUGGAAGAUUUGAACUGGGAUUUUUCAGCCCAGGUAGUUCCACAAACCGCUACGUUGGACUCUGGUACAAGAAUGUUCCAGUUAGAUAUAUCCUUUGGGUUGCCAACCGCGAAAAACCAGCCAAAGACAGGCUUGGCAUGAUGAGCAUAAACAAAGAGGGACAUCUUGUUGUUCUCAGCCAAAAUGAGACUCUUCUUUGGGUUGCAAACUCGACGACGACAACAAAGGCGUUGAUGAGUCCUAUUGUUCAGCUUUUAGACUCUGGAAACUUGGUACUAAGAGACGACAAAGACCAGAAUCCACAAAACUACUUGUGGCAAAGCUUCGACCAUUACUCUAACGUAUUUUUACCAGGAAUGAAGCUUGGAUGGGACUUGAGAACGGGUCUGAACCGGCGUUUAGUAGCAUGGAAGAAUUGGGAUGACCCUUCUCCAGGAGAUUUCACAUGUGAGCUCAUGCUUCACAGUUAUCCAGAAAUAUAUACUUGGCAAGGUCGGACAAAAUAUUACAGGAGUGGCCCUUGGAAUGGUGAUCAUUUUGUUGAUACUCCUUCAUCAAAUAAGAUGUUGCUUUAUAAUGCAACGCUUGUGUCUAACAAGGAUGAGGUGUACUACAUGUAUGUUCCCUUAAAUGAGUCAAUGGUCUCUAUCAGAGUCUUGAACCAGACAAGAAACUCUCUGCAAAAUCUCAUGUGGGUUGAAGAGGAUCAAACUUGGAAGUCUUUUGGCGAUGUUCCAAGAGACAAUUGUGGAAGAUAUAAUCUUUGUGGUGCUUUUGGAAUUUGUGCCAUUGUUGACUCAACCUUAUGCCAAUGCUUGAAAGGAUUUGAGCCAAAAUCACCUAAGAAUUGGGACAUGUAUGACUGGACAGGAGGGUGUGUUCGCAGUAAACCUUGGAGUUGUAAAGUUAAAGGCAAAGACAAUUUUGUUAAAUAUAGUAACCUUAAAUUACCAGAUACUACAUAUACUUGGGUCAAUGCAAGUAUGACACUUGACGAGUGCAAAGCCAAAUGUUGGGAAAAUUGUUCUUGCACUGCUUAUUCUUUUUCAGAUAUUAGCGGAGGAGGAAGUGGCUGUGUCAUGUGGUUUGGUGAUCUACUUGAUUUGAAUCAAAUGUCAAAUGAUGCUGGCCAAGAUCUAUAUAUUCGCCUUGCUUCUACAGAUAUAGCCAAACAUGAAGGUUCUAAUUCAUACAAGAUUAAAGUAGCUGCGAUAACGGCUACUGUUUUUGCACUUUGGAUGCUUUUGACCUCCCUCUAUAUUUAUAAGAGCAGAAGAAAAUCCAAAGAAAAUACUGAUGAAGUCCCAGAAGGAGAUAUGGACCUUCCUCUCUAUGACUUUGCUAUAAUAGCUAGUGCUACCCAGAACUUCUCAGAUGAAAAUAAGCUUGGCCAAGGUGGUUUUGGACCCGUAUAUAAGGGAACAUUAGGUGGUGGACAAGAGAUUGCUGUGAAGCGACUUUCACAAAAUUCUCACCAGGGAAUGAGGGAAUUCAAGAAUGAAGUUAUGUUGUGUGCCAAACUUCAGCAUCGAAAUCUUGCUAAAGUUCUUGGUUGCUGCAUUGGAGGAGAGGAGAAAAUGCUCAUUUACGAAUACAUGUCAAAUAAGAGUUUAGAUUCAUUUAUUUUUGGUUCGAAACUCUUAUGUUGGUUCAAGCGCUUCAACAUUCUAUGUGGAAUUGCCCGAGGACUUACAUAUCUUCAUCAAGAUUCAAGAUUAAGAAUCAUUCACAGAGAUCUCAAAGCAAGUAAUAUAUUACUAGACAAUGAUUUGAAUCCGAAAAUAUCAGAUUUUGGCUUGGCAAAAACAUUUGGAAAAGAUGAAAAUGUAGAAAAUACAAGGAGAGUUAUCGGUACAUAUGGUUAUAUGGCACCUGAAUAUGCAAUUUAUGGGUCAUUCUCCAUGAAAUCUGACGUCUUCAGCUUUGGAAUUUUAUUGCUUGAGAUAGUGAGUGGAAAGAAAAAUGGAGCAUUCUCCUUGGCAAACAAGAAUGUCAACCUUAUUGGGCUUGCAUGGAGGUUGUGGAAGGAGGGAAUCCCACUUGAAUUGAUUGAUCCACAUAUGGAAGAACCUUAUAAUGUAUCAGAAGUAUUGAGAUGCAUCCAUAUCGGUCUUCUUUGUGUGCAAAAUCAUCCUGAUGAUAGACCAAACAUGGCGUCUGUGGUUGUAAUGUUAAGCAGUGAGGGAGAUUUGCCUCAACCUAAAGAACCUGGUUUCCUCUUAGAAACAUUUCCAUACAAAAAACAUGUGUUCCAAUUCCUCAUUUCCUCCUCCUUCAGCGUCCAAGCUGAGAUCUCCACGGUUGCGCCUUCAUCAUCGCUCACAGACUCACAGUGUCAGAGGUCGCUCAUUCACCAUCGCUCACCGUCGCUCAUCAUCGAGUCACUGUUGCUCACCGUCGCUCACCCUCACUGGUUCACCGUUGCUCCUCAUCGAGUCACUGUUGCUCACUCUUUUGAAUCUGAGCUUUUAGCCUCUUGCUCGGUGCCACCGUUGAUCAAUCGCAGGCUCGCGGGUCGCAGGUUCCGCCGUCACUUCACUCGCUUGCUCCGUCGAUCACUCUCUGUAAGCAACCAGCAGGACCAGGUAAGUAACUUUGUUCUCCAUCCGUUCGUCAUCCCCGAUCCCACCUGCUUGACUGCUUUGAUGCUUGCCCUAUUACUGUCUGCCCGUCUCCAAGCCCCAAUCCCCUUUAUCGUGCUGCUUCUUUGUUCCUUGACUUUACAUUUAAACCAGUAG